GGCCCAAUUGAUCUGUCUGGCGGUGUGAAACGUUUCUUUAGGCGGGGCCUAGCCUGUGGACUGGCGGAGGGAGUACCGCUGCAUGCGAGCAAAGACGGAGCCUGGGAGACGAUUAGUAGUUUCUCAUGGUUUGGUUCAGGAAAGGUUGUUCCUUGUCGGACCGAUGGAAGUGAAUGCCUGGACAGCUGGCUUCAAUGACCCUAACGAGAUGUGCGGGGUGAUUCUCGAGAUUAACGGUGGGUACACGAGCGGCAAGUCGGGAUGGGGUAUUCUGGGCAAGAAGGAUAGGCGCCGGAAAACCAAGAUGGCACGAUGGUUGUCGCCCCCUGUCUACUCUAGCGGAUCGGAAAUGCCCAUAGAUGUAAGGGAAGGGGUAUCGGUCGUCCUCCCGGAGGAAGGAACGUGGACGGACCUAGAGCCAGCUUAUGAAACCGUGAUGUUGGACGAGAAGGACGCGUUCCUCUGGAUAGAGACAAUCUCGACUAAGGUCAGCCUGACAAGACUUUCACCCAGCCUGAUGGACCUAGAAUUCCGGGAAACGGUGGAAGCUCGAGGAUGGGUCUACAUAUCCCAGGAAAUGGAAAAUGCAACGGUAGUCGGACUAGUAUUGGGAACGGCACCAGAUCAGUUGUUUAAGCAAGCGGAACGGGAAGUGGUAUGGGCGGCAUGUCAGCGGGCGAAAAUGGAGAUGGAAAAGAUGGAGGUGCGAGUGGAACUCGGAGACCGGAAAAAUAUGAGACGCCCCCUUAGGACGAUGAGAUGCGUGCUACCCCCGUUUCUAGUGGAUGCAGUCUUUGGGACCAUAGAUAGAUUGGAACGGAUAUGUCGGCCGAUGACGCGCCUGCGGCUGUACCAAUGUGCUAGACAGGACUUCUUUAGACUGUCGGUGGAAGCGGGGCCGUUUGAAGGAAACUGGGCGGAAAAAUUGGCUGAGGUAUUAAACCUCCUCAGCGCGGACGAAAUCUUUGUUCCCAGUCCAGUGCAUUGGCAGAUAGUCUACCGGAAUGUGGCGGCAGGGGAAACCUUCUUGGAGGGAGUGAAGGACCUGUUCUCAGACGAGGAAGGGGAUUUCAGUGAUAGUGAGGAUGAGGACGAAGUAGAGGACUGGGACUUCUGACAAGGGGGGCGGGGACUUACCCAAGGACGGGCUGUCGACUAUGUGCAGGUAGGGAGCGAUGGCCCGAAAAUUUCUGCUAUGGGAUUGUACAUGGGAACCAAGGCGGACCAGAGGUGGGGUGGAAAUGUCUAUACCGAUGGGUAAUGAAUGGAAGGGGACCACGUGUGAUUGGCGGGGGUAUGAGAUCGUGCCAGAGCUAUCAUACCUAUGGAUAGAACGUGUAUGGAACCCGUUGAGGGAAAAGGAAGGAUGGAAAGAUAUCGCAGAAGGGACAGUAAAGGCCGUUGGGACGG